AUAUUUGGCGAUAAAUUAUUGCCAAUUAAACCGUCGAUAGCUCUAGACAAAGGAGAAUUCAGGAAAAACAUUAGUCUACUGUUUGGCACGUGUAAUGACGAGGGAUCGGGAUUUGUAUCAAACUUGGGAUUUAGUGAAUUGAGUGCCAGCAGUCCAGACGAUUCUCUUAAUCUCUCGAAAGCAAGACUUCUCAUACAAUUAAUAUUUCAAGUGAUGAAAGUCUCUUACGCUAAAGAUAUCGUCGAUUUUUAUACCAAACAUUUGACGGAUGCGGACGGAGUGAAACUGAAGCACGCGGUGGCCAACGCUUUUGGUGACUAUCACUUGACGUGUCCGACAAUCAAAUUUGGAUCCAAAUUGUCGACUAAUAGCAGAGCAUAUGCUUAUAAAUUAACAUUUAGUACAAGAGAUAACUGGACGGGUGUUCAACACGGAGAUGAUAUU